AUGUUUCGGCGGGCAGUAGUUGUCUUCGCCAUCCUUGCCGCACUCGUUGGUGUCUUUCUUGCCAGACAGUCUGCUCAAGAAGACGAAGUGUUGAUCAGUGGCCGCAACAACACGGUUCUUAUCGUCACAGACAGCCAUCACGGGCUGUGCAACGCGCAUCUCGCCACGGUCUCGGCACUGGUAGAGAACCAUCCGUCGGUUGAGGUGCACUAUGCUUCCUUCUCCGGCAUAGCAUCGGACAUUGAGCGUAUCUCGGAGAAUGCCAAGGUAUACAACCCAGAGGCAAAGAUACACUGGCACCAAUUCGAAGCUCCGAGCCUAGUGGACGAAAUUAAGGCCAUGGGAAGCUUGUUGGAGAUUGUGACACCGCCGGGAAUGCCUGGGCUGAAGGCGUUUGCACAGAUGGUCCCGUUCUUCAUGACGGCAUGGUCAGACGAAGCACAUCUGAGCCUGUAUCAACAGACUGUGGAUAUUAUCCAAAAGGUUGAUCCUGCUGUCGUGAUUCUCGAUUCAUUGCUCCGACCAAGUAUUGAUGCCGCUGUGAACCUCAAUCGAACGCGUGCCUACAUCACUCCGAAUGCUUUGGUAGACCUCAUCAGCGCCGUACAGCCCCGAGGAGGGCACUUUUGGAAAUAUCCUGGGAUUGCUUCGGGUCUUCCUUUCCCAAUUCCCUGGAAAGAUGUCCCGACCAACAUAUAUCAGCAACUGUACUUCAUCAUCAAGUUCCUCACGUCUCCAGCCAUCAAGAACAAGCGCUCUUCGCUCCAGGGAAAGGGAAUCCCGCAAGCCGUCAACCUCUUCGAAAUGUAUCGAAAGGACGUUCCGUGGAUCGCCAUGAGCUACCCCGAAGCAGGCUACCCUCUCGAAUAUAUCCCGGAUAACUUUCGUAUAGUUGGCCCUCUGGUUCUCGACGUGGCGCCGGCUGAGACACAAAGCGCCGAGCUGACGGGCUGGAUCAAGAAGGCCCCGACGAUCCUCGUCAACUUGGGCAGCGCGUUUCGAUAUGAGGAGCCGAGGGCUAUCGUCAUGGCGGAGGCGAUUGCUGCCGUGCUGGAUGCCACAGAUGUGCAGAUCUUGUGGAAGCUACGCAAGGCGGGUAAGUAUGGCGACGACUUCUUGGGAGCGGCGAAGAAGUAUGUUGAUGAGGGUCGGCUGCGGCUGGAGACGUGGCUGGAUGUUGAUCCGACGUCUUUGUACAACACUGGUGAUAUCGCGGUGUCGGUGCAUCAUGGAGGUGCCAACUGCUUCUAUGAGACGAUCCUAGCCGGCAUCCCGAGCGUCGUACUCCCGCUAUGGGCAGACCAUUACAACUAUGCACAGACGGCAGAGUAUCUUGGCGUCGGUAUCUGGCCCAACAAGAAGACUGCGCCGGAGUGGGAGGCUGCAGUCUUGACCGAGGCAUUCCUGGAGGCACUGAGUGGCAACAAGAGCAUGGCAAUGCGCCAGAAUGCCAAGGCGAUUGCGCACAAGGGACACGAAUAUGGGGGCCGAAAGCUGGCAGCUCAACUGGUUGCUGAGAUGGCAGCUGGUGGAAAAUGA